CUGCGCGUGCGCUUCAUUACGCAUGCGCUGUAGGACGUCUACACACCCGCUGCCGUCGCGAUUUCCGUCAAAGUGUAAAUCUUGAUCGAGUAGUCUUAAGAUUUGAUCAAUUUUUAGCGGUUAGAGGCGAAAUAUUGGCGGGAAUUUCAGCCAUUUGGAACGACAAGAGAUGGCCAGAGAGUAUGAUCACCUUUUCAAGCUACUGAUCAUUGGAGAUAGCGGUGUUGGCAAGAGCAGCUUGCUGUUGAGGUUUGCUGACAACACAUUUUCAGGUACGUAUAUCACCACCAUUGGCGUAGACUUCAAGAUCAGAACCAUAGAGGUAGAGGGCACUAAGGUCAAGCUGCAGAUAUGGGACACGGCCGGACAGGAGCGAUUCCGCACCAUCACGUCCACGUAUUACAGAGGGACCCACGGAGUUAUAGUGGUGUAUGAUGUCACCAGCGCAGACUCCUUUGUCAACGUCAAGAGAUGGUUACACGAAAUAGACCAGAAUUGUGACGUGGUCAACAGGAUACUAGUUGGAAACAAGAACGACUGUCCUGAGAGGAAAGUGGUGGAGACGGGCGAUGCGCAGAGGUUUGCCGAUCAGAUGGGCAUUAAACUGUUUGAAACCAGUGCCAAGGAAAACAUCAAUGUGGAAGAGAUGUUUAACGAGAUCACAAGGCAAGUCCUUCACCAGAAGAAGGAGACCCAAGCCAAACUAGCAGCACAGACGAACGAGACGAUAAAACUGGACAAACACAAGGGGCACAAGAGAAGAAGAUGUGGUGCGGUCGGCUGCAAGAUGUGAACGCCCCCCUCCCCCAGUUCAAUUUUGUGAAGUAAAGAAACUUUUAGUCCUUUUUAUUUAUGCAGUGAAGAAUGAAUGGUAAUAUUUCUAAUCUUAGAAUUGAUGUGGUUCAAAGCAUUUGCCCUGAACUUUUAGUACAUGUAGUAUACCAAGCAAUCACCAUGUACAAAUUUGGAAACAACUCAAAACACAUUUCUGUGUGAAAAUGAAGGAAAUGUAUCAAAAAUUCUUGUGCCAGUUUACCAACUGCCAAUGCUGUUCUCUCCCAUUCUUUUGGCAGAAGUUUUCUCUCGUACAAAUUACUGUGCUCCAAAACCAUGAUAUGGGAAAAUGGUUACGCUGUAAUCCAGACAAAAAACAGGUGUACAAAAUGUAAUUACAACUGUCGUUUUGGAACUACAUUGUCAACUGUCCCUUGAAGUAACGGCAUACAUUUGUGACUGCAGAGCCCCUAGGGGACCACGAUACAGGCUGGCUCUUUGCCACGUAAAUGUGCAUGUCUACAACGCUGGAACUACAUAUCUUCCAAAGUGUGAUGAAAGUACUUCAUUUCCAAAAUAUUUCAUAUUAACAUGUCAUAGAAAUGACCCUUUUAGAGGCAAUGAUAUGAAUCAGCAAGUCUUAAAUGUUGUAACUGACCAACAAAAGGAAAUAGGUGCUUUUUUGUAGAUAUCAUGGAGUGAUUUGCAAGAAUGUUUUUAAGUCCACUUCUCAUGCCAUAUAAGCCAAGAAAUGUUAACAGUAUAAUCAGAAUGGCCCUUGUAUUUGUUGCUAACAAUAUAUCUUUGCGCUCUAUCCCAUAGCAUAUUGGAAGGGAAUAACUCAGUACAGACCAUGAUAUGUUGUCAACUGCUGUGUUGCUUAGCCUCUCGGACUCAGGUAUUCUUAUGAAAGCAUUUAGUAACCCUUAUUAAUUACUACACAAGAAAGGAAGUUUGUUUUAUUAGGAACAAAGUAGCAAACUUGGCGACUUAAACCAUUAACAGGUCCAGGCACUGUUCUACAUAUCAUCAAAAGGGGUUUAUGCAAAACCAAAUUAUAACCUAAACUGAGGCAAUGGGAUGUUGUUCACCAUAUGUGUCAAAAAUCCAAGAGCCUACUAGAAUGCUGAAAGUUGUUGGAUCCAUCAAAAAAGGGUAGGGAAUGAAACACAGAUUCUGGCAAAUGGGCACGCUUGAAACUGGCAUCUGCUGCUUCCUCAAUUUCAUGAUUUCAAAUUAGUGUUGUUAAAUGAGAAUGUGCCAGACCAGGGAUUGUCUUCCAUGUUAAAUAUUACAACAGUUGUCGCAUUUUUUAAAUUUUGACUAUUUCCUGCUUAUAACUAUAUAUUAAGUAGAAGGGUUUGUUGUGGUGCGAGAGACAGUUUUGGCUAUAGAGAGACAUUCAGUGAUUUUUCCAGUCUGUGGAAAUGGUUUUAACCUCCGGGUCAUUAGAGGUGCACUCAUCAACAAAAUUGGAACGUAUUUUGAUUGAGUGAUUUCAUUGACAGCUGCGGGGAUCAUGGUUUAUGGUCAUGUUCUGCUUAAACCACAAGGAUGAAGGGCAAGGUACACUUGUCAGUAAUUAUUGUGCAUUUGGGCAAGAUAAGGUUAUAACCUCCUUGGCCCAAACUAGUGGAAUUAUUUGUUCCUUAAAAUGUCUGACAAUAUUUCAAGCUAAUCAGAGCAAAUUGAUUUGUUGGCAUAUCCUGGAAGAUUUCCCUUGUCUCAACUCCCUGUUGUAAUAAACUUGUUCUCUGGACCUUGUAAGAAAUUGAGAAGCAAAAAGUGACACGUGCAUAGCAGGUGGCUAUCAUUACAGUACGGGGUUGUCUCCAUGUAAAAGUUUUUCUCUGUCCCAUUCAUUGUUCAGUUUAAGCCCUUUUUUUUAUUAAAUCUGUCAUUUUAGCUUAAAGAAAUAUGUUUUUUAUCAAUCUCAAGUAAUGAAGUUCAGAUUUUCUGGCUGGACAGAGCAAAAGUUUGUUCCAGCCCAACAAGCAAAUUUCCUUUCCAGGACAGAGGGACAAAUGUCAUGGAGACAAACCUGGUACAGCACCUCACAAGGUCCAAAUUAAAGGAGAAUGAAAUUUUUAGCCAUUUCUGAACUUGCUGUGACAGUCUAGCUGAGAGCACAACAUUGGGUUCAGUUUGCCACAUAGAAAACAAGGAUAACUCUUGCCAUAGCUUUGCUUCAACCUACACUAUGAACUUGUGAUCUCAUCCAACAUUUGAUGUGUAAUUGCUGUAAGUGGGACUGUGCCACUCUCUACAUUAGGGGUGGUCAGAAUAGACUGUGUUGUAGAACUGAUGGUUGCCUUCAUAAGAAACUACUAGUGAUCUGACAGCUACAGAGUAGCACACAAUUUGUACAUUCACUUCAUUGUACCUUUACUAGGUAUGGAUAUCUUGUAUUAGCAGAUAUUUUUGAUUAAUCAGAAGUACAUGUUACAGUAUAAUACUCAACUUAUUGAAUAAUGAAUAGUAGUAUAGUCCUAGCGUAGCUUGACCAACAGUUGUACAAAUUGUAAGAAUCUUGAUAUUUUCGUGUUCUCUGCAUGUGUGUAUUCUAAUCAAUCAAAGCAUGGUAGACAUUACUUCCUGUCAAAUUAUUAUGUUUGAACCAUUUUUAUUUGGAGAAAGCUGAUGAAAAUGUGGAAUGUGGACAGCCAUUUUGGUAGAUAGGAUAUUUUUUUGAUAAAAGGAAAUUUUGAGAAUAAAAGCCUGAACACUAUAGCACUUUAAACUAAUUAUGAACGUAUGAACUAAUUAUGUACACCUGUGUCAGUGCUUGAUAUUGGAAUUGUCUGGAAAAAAAGCUUUUGAGUUUUGUGUUACCUCAGCAGCUUGUAUUAAAUCUUGUCAUGAAAGAA